AUGGCUUUGCGUUCACAUGAUGAGGAGCAUUCGGCCUCACAGCACUCAGAAAUUAUACCGCGUCUCCAAAGUUUGUCCAGAAUCUUAUGUGAUUCGUCAACAAGCAACAUGUCACCAGCACCGUGGCGAGUAGAAUUUCUAAGCCACAUUUCGAAGAUGUCCUCGCAGGAAUUCGUACUCUCCUCGCUACAUCUAGCACCUCCUGCAAGCUCGAUUCCUUACUAUCCUCGCGCUCGUACAUGCAUCUUUCGAGGAAUGUGGGCAGAGUUAGUAGCUCAUCGACUCAAUCCAGCAGAAUUGAACGAAAAAGCCUACGAAAGCGAAAUGCUGACGAUGACUACCGAUGCGAGAAUGGAAAAGUUGAAUGAAAUUAUUGCUAGCGCCAAUGAAAACAAUGAGAUUGACGGGGCUCAUCAGAAAAAAUAUGUAAGUGGUGGAGGUGGUCCGGUAGAAGCUGUUUUUUGGGCCAAGGACUCCCGAACACAAUGGAGGAUAAAAGGGAAAGCAUUUGUGGUUGGAAAUGAUAUCGAAGAUGAAAAUGCUGCUGGAGCAAAGUUAGCUAGAGAUGAGAUACAAAAGGGUAUGCGAGUUGUGGAGACGGACAAAAUAUGCAAGUGGAGCUGGGCUCGAGAACUCACGGCCCAUUUUGGAAAUCUCUCGCCUUCAAUGAGAGGGACUUUCAAAAACCCCAUCCCAGGCUCUCCAAUCACUUGCCCUAUAGAAGACAAGCGCCUCUGGUUGGGACAAGAUGUCUACGACCUAAACGACUCAGUAGCGAGGGAAAAUUUUUGCACCAUUGUCAUCAAGCCAGAAGAAGUAGAGCAGCUUAGUCUUACUGGCCCCAAAACUGCACGGCGUUGGAAAUAUAGCUACGUUGGGGCAGGAACUAAUGACAUAGGGAAUUGGAAAACGGAGGAACUGUGGCCAUGA